AUGCCUGAAGCUAUUACUUUUGAAUCAUUCUUAACCAAAGACCCACUUGAUAACUAUGAAGAUCACGAGAAAUACACCAAAGAAUGGUUACCUAAAGUCGAAAAAUAUAGAUCUGAUUUGGAAAAAGCCACACCUAAGGAACUCACUGUUGAAUUGCCAAAACCAAUUGACGAGUUGAUCGAAGAUCAGUUCAAUGCUGUGGAUUAUCUCUACUCUAAGAAAUUGUUAACUCCUGAGGAGUUUGCAAUUACCGAUUUACCAACCACUGAAUUGGCAAAGAAGAUUGCCCUGGGAGAGUUAACAUCUAUUGAAGUGUUUAAAGCUUAUGCUCAUAGAGCAAUUAUCUGUCAUCAAUUUACCAAUUGUGGUAUGGAAAUAUUCAUUGACGAGGGUUUGAAGCAAGCUGAAGAAAGAGAUAAAUAUUUCAAAGAUACCGGUAAGACUGUUGGGCCAUUACAUGGUAUUCCUAUAUCCCUUAAGGAACAUUUAGGAUACAAGGAUAAAAUCACUCAUGCCAGUUAUGUAUCACGUCUCGACAAUAUAACCAAAGAUCAUUGUGUUACUACUCAAAUUUUAGAAAACUUAGGUGCUGUAUUUUAUAUUCGUACCAAUGAACCACAAACUUUGAUGCAUACUGAUAGUAACAACAAUAUUACUGGACUUACCAAGAAUCCAUUCAAUUUAUUAUUAUCGUCAGGUGGUUCAUCAUCUGGUGAAGGUGCACUUAUUGCCUUUGGUGGUUCUUCACUUGGUGUAGGUACUGAUAUUGGGGGUUCAAUUCGUAUUCCAGCUGCAUUCUCAGGUUGUUUGGGAUUACGUCCAACUGCAAAUAGAAUCUCUCUUGCUGGAUGUGAAAGUCCAGCUUGUGGUCAAGAAAGUGUAAUGCCAGUCAUUGGGCCAAUGGGACGUUCCGUUGAAGAUAUUGAAUUAUGGAUGAAAAGUUACAUCAAUAUUGGGAAACCUUGGAAUUUAGAUCCAACUUUGGUUAGAAUGGAGUGGCGUGAAGUUGAAGUUCCUAAAGUGAAUGAUUUGACUAUUGCAGUCAUUAGAGAUGAUGGAUUGGUUAGAGUUUCUCCGCCAGUUAGACGUGCAUUAGAUGUAGUUGUCAACAAGUUAAAAGAUGCAGGCGUUAAAGUAAUUGAAUUCACUCCACCAAAUACCGAAUUGGCAUACGAAACAAUCAAUAAGAUGUAUAAUGCAGAUGGUAAUGUUUCUCAAAAGGGAUACUUGGCAGAAUCAGGGGAACCAUUGACUAAAUUGACUAAAUGGAGUUUAAAUUUUGGCACGGGUGAACAACCACUUAGUGUAUUGGAGAAUAGACGUUUAAAUGUCAUCAGAGAUCAAUUAAGAGCUGAAUAUAAUGAAUAUUUGAUGAAUAAUAAAAUUGAUUUUAUUCUCAGUCCUUCAUAUAAUAAUGUUGCUCCACACAGUGAAGCAGGUUUUAAUUGGUCUUAUACCACCCUUUUCAAUAUUCUUGAUUUACCAACUUUAGUCUUCCAAACUGGUAUUUACCAAGAUCCAAAAGUUGAUAAAUGGACUGAAGAAGACUUACAAUACAAAUAUAGAUCACCAUUAGAACAAUUUGAAAAUGAAAACUAUGACCCAGAAAAAUUCAAAGGAGCUCCAGUUGGUUUGCAAUUAUCUGGUAGAAGAUACUUUGAUGAGGAGGUUUUAGCCGCUGGGAAGGCUAUUGUUGACUUGUUGGGUGUUGAUUUAUAUAGUCAUUAG